AUGGGCGCGGUCGUCGCAGUCUGGAGAGUAGUUGUUGACGUCUUUUCGUUCUGGCAACGGAAGCUCGUCAGCUGGUACACCGGACGAAGCCCCGUGGCGCAAUGGCUGGACCUGCUACGCAAUGCCGAGACGUUUGACGAAUGGGAAGAGGCAGCUCUGCACCUUGAUAACCUCCUCGGGUUGGAUCUAUGGAGAAAUAAUCCAACGUCCAAGCACUACGACUGGAGGCUCAUCGCCGACCGGCUCGAUUCACUAGCGAUAGCGAGGGAUGGACGAAACUUCCAUCAACUCGUUAACCUCCUCCGAUCCGGUCUCGUUAGGAACCUCGGCAGUAUCUCGGUACCCAAGCUAUACAACAGGGCCUUCUCGGGAACAAAGUACCUCAUUGACGAGUACAUCUCUCAGAUCGCCGAGUCGAUCGAGGACAUCAGCACGCUGCCGACGAACCUCCACACGAGCUCACAGAACGGUGCCGCAAACGCUUUGACGAACCAGAUGAAAUUAGACUUCAUACACGAUACGAGGCAGGCCUUUGGACGGAGCACACUCGUCCUGCAGGGAGGAGCCAUCUUCGGCAUGUGCCAUCUGGGAGUUGUCAAGGCACUCUUUCUACGGGGCCUUCUUCCGCGAAUAAUCACGGGGACGGCGACGGGUGCCUUGAUAGCAGCACUUGUUGCCAUACAUACGGAGGAUGAACUUCCCAACAUUCUCCAAGCCGACGGGAUCGACCUGACGGCGUUCAUGGGCAAGACGGGAGGCAAGAGAGCGGAUGUACCGCACCAGCAGACAUUCAGGUCUCGGUGGGAAACCCUGAUACGCAGGCUCCGCCGCUUCAGCCGUGAAGGAUACUUCCUGGACGUCACGGUCCUGGAGGACUGCGUGCGAGCCAACGUGGGCGACCUGACAUUUGAGGAGGCGUACAACCGCAGCAAGCGGAUCCUCAACAUUACAGUCGCGACGGAGGGUCAAGCCGGCGUACCCACCCUUCUCAACUACAUAACGGCCCCGAACGUGCUGAUCUGGACCGCCGCGGUAGCGUCCAACGCCUCGUCCCCGUCGCUGUACGGACGAAAAAAGGCGACGAUUCUGUGCAAGGAUGCCAACGGCAAAAUCGUGCCCUGGGCGCCCGCGAACACGGCCGACUUCUGGCAUUGGACGCAGGCAUCCUACACGGACCGGGACUCGCCUUUGCAGCGAAUAUCAGAGUUGUUCAACGUCAACCACUUCAUCGUCAGCCAAGCACGACCGUACUUGAUACCUUUCCUGCAGUCAGACAUGCACGGUCCAUCCAGGGCCGAGGCCCGGAGCCGAACGACGCAGUUUUCAGCCUUUUGCGCGCGCACCAUCGGCCUCGAAGUCCGACACCGAUUGCGUCAACUGGACACGCUACGGCUGCUGCCGUUCAGCAUACGGCGCUUCCUCGUUGACGAGCAAGUACCUGCCGCGUCCAUGACGCUGGUGCCCGAGGUGACGGCGGGCGACUUUGUGCGACUGCUCGAGACGCCAACGCGGGAGACGCUGAACUACUGGAUCCUUCGGGGCGAGCGGAGCGUCUGGCCGGCCGUGGCGGCGCUGCGUAUUCGGUGUGCGGUGGAGAAUGAGCUGGAUCGGUCGUACCAGGCGGUGAGGAAACUCAAAGCCGGAGAUCUGAGAAGAAAGGGAAGCAUGGCUGCCGCUGCGAGCUUCGAGCGGAAAGCUUGA